AUGAAGCUCAAGUCAAACCAAACCCGGACAUACGAUGGGGAUGGCUACAAGAAGCGGGCCGCCUGUCUGUGCUUCAGGAGUGAAAGUGAAGAGGAGGUGAGGCCAAGGAUGCAGGGGUGUGGGGUGGGCCGCAGUUCAGGAAAGCACCGAUAGCAUGGUAGAUAGAUGUUUGUCGCAGUAAUUUUCUAUUUAUUUGCUAAUUAGGAAGGUGAAUUAGCUAGUUAGUUAAUGUUAGCUAACUAUCUUAAGUGUUACUGGUUUUGAUUUGGUGGUUUGCUUUGAAUUAGCGACCACCCAGGGAUAGUUAACGUUGAGCUAACAUACGGUAGCCAGCUAACUGGUUAGCUAGCUAGCUGGCAGCGACACAGAGUAGGGUAUUUAUUCUAGCUAGCUAGCUAAUUUAGUAGCGUUGCAGCUAACCAAACAGUAACGUUAGAAAGAUUAUAGCUAACGUUAUGUUCUCUAUUAUUAGCUAGCUAGGUAAUAGAUUAGUUACCUAAAUUAGCUAGCAAGAUAGCGAACGGGUAGUCAGAAAACAUUACUGCAACAAUAUAUAUUGGUAACCGGCUUCUAGCUAGCCAACGCGCUAGCCAACAGUGAGACGUUAUCGUCUUGCUAUUUAGCUAGCUAGACAGCUAACAUACACUACAUGACCAAAAGUAUGUGGACACCUGCUCGUCGAACACCUCAUUCCAAAAUCAUGGGCAUUAAUAAUGGAGUUGGUCCCCCCUUUGCUACUAAGGCUCUUCUGGGAAGGCUUUCCACUAGAUGUUGGAACAAUGCUGCGGGGAGCAUUAGUAAGUUUGGGCACUGAUGUUGGGUGAUUGGGCCUGGCUCGCAGUCUGUGUUCCAAUUCAUCCCAAAGGUGUUAGAUGGGGUUGAGGUCAGGGCUCUGUGCAGGCCAGUCAACUUCUUCCACACCGAUCUCGACAAACCAUUUCUGUAUGGACCUUGCUUUGUGCACAGGGGCAUUGUCAUGCUGAAACAGGAAAGGGCCUUCUCCAAACUGUUGCCACAAAGUUGGAAGCACAGAAUUGUCUAGAAAGUCAUUGUAUGCUGUAGCGUUAAGAUUUCCCUUCACUGGAACUAAGGGGCCUAGCCCAAACCAUUAUUCCAUCGCCACAAAAACUUUACAGUUCGUACUAUGCAGUCAGGCAGGUAGCGUUCUCCUGGCAUACGCCAAACCCAGAUUCGUCCGUCAGACUGCCAGAUGGUGGAGCGUGAUUCAUUACUCCAGAGAAAGAAUGUGUUUCCACUGCUCCAGAGUCCAAUGGCGGUGAGCUUUACACCACUCCAGCCGACGCUUGGCAUUGCGCAUGGUGAUCUUAGGCUUGUGUGCUGCUGCUCGGCCAUGGAAACCCAUUUCAUGAAGCUCCCGACAAACAGUUAUUGUGCUUACGUUGCUUCCAGAGGCAGUUUGGAACUCUGUAGUGAGUGUUUCAACCGAGGACAGACAAUUUUUAUGCGCUUCAGCACUCGCCGGUCCCGUUCUGUGCACUUGUGUGGCCUGCCACUUCAUGGCUGAGCCGUUGUUACUCCCAGAUGUUACCGCUUCAAAAUAACAGCACUUACAGUUGACCGGGGCAGCUCUAGCAGGGCAGAAAUCUGACAAACUGACUUGUUGGAAAGGUGGCAUCCUAUGAUGGUGCCAUGUUGAGUGACUGAGUUCUUCAGUAAGGACAUUCUACUGCCAAUAUUUGUCUAUGGAGAUUGCAUGGCUGUAUGCUCGAUUUUAUACACCUGUCAGCAACGGGUGUGGCUGAAAUAGCCGAAUCCACUCAUUUGAAGGGGUGUCCACAUACUUUUGUGUAUAUAUAGUGUAUAUUGCUACCGCUAGUUAGUAUCGUUCUGGUGAUAAUGGUAACAUAGAACACUAUAACAAUCAAUCAAUGUUUAGUAGCAUUAUCAGUGGUUCAAACCUCGUGUCGACUCGUGGCACUAGCCACAUUUAUUAGAUAGAUAACUAACUAGAUAGCUAGCUAGAUAUGGGCCUUGCUUAGCUUGCCUGGGAGUCGGACUAGCAACGAGUAACUUUACUGGACCGACCACUAGCUAACCGUGCUUGUGAUCAAACUAGCUAGCUACCUACCCACCUACCCCUUCAAUAUAACGUUAGCUAGCAAAUAUUCUGAUGUGUAUAACGUGAAAAGAUCUAGCUAGCUAAUCUGGAUGGCCAGCUAACCUAACCCAUAGCAUCACUCAUAUGGCCCAUAUUAUGGAUGCCAACUGGGCUAUCGACAAGUCACUGUCACCAAAACCAUCUGUCAUCACUGGCACUGUCUGUAAAGUUAGUCAAUGUGUGUCUCUUGGUUAUGCCGGGUAGCUAUGGCUAUGCAUUCAUAAUACCUAGCUAUAUGCAUUCUUGAAAAAGAAUGGCACUGCAAUGGAUAGCUGCUGUUUUAUGGGCUUCUGACCAAUUCUGCUAUUUUGUGUUUCUUUGCGCUGAUCUUCACUUAUUUUGUGCAUAAUGUUUCCGCCAUCGUUUCCUAUACCGGAAAAUAGCUUCUGGACAUCAGAACAGCGAUAACUAACCUAAGAUUUCUACUUCAGUGGGUUGGCGGCGCAGGACAUACUGCUCACCCAGACCAGGCCCUAAUCCCGAGACUCGAGACUCGUAACAUCGGAGAAGACGGUGUAAGAGAGGCCGACAUGCGGGCACCCUGACGAAAAGACACUGCCGAAUAAAAUACUCCACCUUUUACCGUCCGUUCUAUUGGCGUACGUACAAUCACAGGAGAACAAACUGGACGAGCUCCGUUCGAGACUAUCCUAUCAACGGGAACUGAAGAACUGUAAUAUCCUAUGUUUCUCGGAGUCGUGGCUGAACAAGGACAUGGAUAAUAUACACAGAGUUUUCAAAGCAUUAAGAACACCUGCUCUUUCCAUGACAGACUGAGCAGGUGAAAGCAAUGAUCCCUUAUUGAUGUCACUUGUUAAAUCCACUUAAAUCAGUGUAGAUGAAGGGGAGGAGACAGGUUAAAGAAUGAUUUUUUUAGCCUUGAGACAUGGAUUGUGUGGCGUAGUGCUAGCUGUGCCACUAGAGAUCCUGGUUCAAAUCCAGGCUCUAUCAUAGUUGGCCCAGCGUCGUCCAGGGUAGGGGAGGGAAUGGCCGGCAGGGAUGUAGCUCAGUUGAUAGAGCAUGCAACGCCAGAGUUGUGGGUUCGAUUCCCACCGGGGGCCAGUAUGAAAAAAAUUAUAAAAUAAUGUAUGCACUCACUAAACUGUAAGUCGCUCUGGAUCAGAGCGUCUGCUAAAUGACUAAAGUGUGUAUGUGUGCCAUUCAGAGGGUGAAUGGGCAAGAAAAAAUAUUUAAGUGGCUUUAAACGAGGUAUGAUAGUAGGUGCCAGAUGCACCGGUUUGAGUGUGUGAAGAACUGCAACGCUGCAGGGUUUUUCACACUCAACAGUUUCCUGUGUUUAUCAAGAAUGGUCCACCACCCAAAGGACAUCCAGCCAUCUUGACACAACUGUGGGAAGCAUUGGAGUGAACAUGGGCCAGCAUCCCUGUGGAAUGCUUUCGACACCUUGUAGAGUCCAUGCCCAGAAGAAUUAUGGCUGUUCUGAGGGCAAAGGGUGGGGGGUGCAACUCAAUAUUAGGACACUGUUCCUAAUGUUUGGUAUACUCAGUGUACAUCUAGCUGGUUUUUCUAUGCAUUGUCAAGAUCGUACAGCAGCGUCGGGUAAGGAUAGCGGGGAAGGAUGUGUCUCUUUGUUAGCAACAACUGGUGAGCGAUCUCUAAUAUUAAGGAAGUCUCAAGGUUUUGCUCGCCUGAUCUAGAAUACCUCAUGAUAAGACUAUACUUUUUACCAAGAGUUUUCAUGUAUUUUUCAUAGCUGUCAAUUUACCACUACAAACGGAUGCAGGCACUAAGACCACACUCAUCAAGCUGUAUAGGGCCAUAAGUAAACAAGAAAAUGCUCAUCCAGAGGCGGCGCUCCUAGUGGCCAGUGAUUUGAAUGUAAGGAAACUGACAUUUGUUUUAUCUCAUUACAUUUUACAUUUUAGUCAUUUAGCAGACGCUCUUAUCCAGAGCGACUUACAGGAGCAAUUAGGGUUAAGUGCCUUGCUUAAGGGCACAUCGACAGAUUUUUCACCUAGUCGGCUCGGGGAUUAGAACCAGCGACCUUUCGGUUACUGGCACAACGCUCUUACCCACUAAGCUACCUGCCGCAUCUCAUCUACCAGCAUGUCACCUGUGCAACUAGAGACAAAACUCUAGAUCACCUUUACUCCACACACAGAAACACAUACAAAGCUCUCCCUCGCCCUCCAUUUGGCAAAUCUGACCAUAACUCCUGAUUCCUGCUUACAAGCAAAAACUCAAAACAGGAAGUACCAGUGACGUGCUCAAAACGGAAGUGGUCCGAUGAAGCGGAUGCUAAGAUACAGGACUGUUUCGCUAACACAGACUGGAAUAUGUUCCGGGAUUCAUCCGAUGACAUUGAGGAGUUUAUCACAUCAGUCACCGGCUUCAUUAAUAAGUCCAUUGACUACGUCAUCCCCACAGUGACCGUACAUAUCCCAACCAGAAGCCAUGGAUUAUGGGUAUCAUCCACACUGAGCUAAAGGCUAGAGCUGCUGGUUUCAAGGAGCGGGACCCUAAUCCGGACACUUAUAGCACUCACAUCUGUAGCCAUGAAAUGCUUUGAAAGGCUGGUCAUGGCUUACAUCAACACCCUCAUCCCAGACACUCUUGACCUACUCCAAUUUGCAUACCGCCCCAAAAGAUCCACAGAUGACAAUCUCUAUUGCACUCCACACUGCCCUCUACCACCUGGACAAGAGGGACACCUAUUUGAGAAUGCUGUUCAUUGACUACAGCUCAGCGUUCAACACCAUAGUGCCCUCCUAGCACAUCACUAAGCUAAAGACCCUGGGACUGAAACCUCCCUCUGCAACUGGAUCCUGGACUUUCUGACGGACCUCCCCAGAUGGUGAGGGUAGGCAACAACACAUCCGCAACCCCCUCAGGCGUGCGUGCUUAGUCCCCUCCUCUACUGCCUGUUCACCCACGAUGAUGAGAUUGCCUAUAGGGAGGCGAUCAGAGUCCUGGCAAUGUGGUGAAGACAAAGGAGCUGAUCAUGGACAACAGGAAACAGGAGCCGCCCCAAUUCACAUCGACAGGGCUGUGGUGGAGCAGGUCGAGAGCUUCAAGUUCCUUGGUGUCCACAUCACUAAGGAUAUAUCAUGGUCCACACACACCAACACAGUCGUUUAGAGGGCACAACAACACCUCUUCCUCAGGAGGCUGAAAAGAUUUGGCAUGGGCCCUCAGAUCCUCAAAAAGUUAUACAGCUGCACCAUUGAGAGCAUCUUGACUGGCUGCAUCACAGCUUGGUAUGGCAACUGCUUGGCAUCCAACCGCAAGGCGCUACAGGUAUGUGCGUAUGGCCCAGUACAUCACUGGGGCCGAGCUCCCUGCCAUCCAGGACCUCUAUACCAGGCGGUGUCAGAGGAAGGCCCUACAAAUGGACAAAGACUCCAGGAACCCAAGUCAUAGACUGUUCUCUCUGCUACCGCACGACAAGCGAUACCUAUGCACCAAGUCUGGAACCAACAGGACCCUGAACAGCUACCCCCGAGCCAUAAGACUGCUAAAUAGUUAGUCCGGGUAGCUAUUAGGUUAACUAUCUGCAUGACCCUUUUUGCACUAACCUUUUUGACUCAUCACAUGCGCUGCUUCUACUGUUUAUCUAUUCUGUUGCCUAGUCACUUUAUUCCUAGUUACAGUGCCUUCAGAAAGUAUUUACACCCCUUAACUUUUUCCACAUUUUGUUGUUAGUCUGAAUUUAAAAUGUAUUACAUUUAGAUUUUGUGUCACUGAUCUACACACAAUACCCCUUAAAUGUUUAAUAAAUUAAGUCUCGAGUCAAUAAGUAUUCUACACCUUUGUUAUGGCAAGCCUAAAUAACUUCAGGUAUAAAAAUGUGCUUAACAAGUCAGAUAAGUUGCAUUGACUAACUCUGUGUGCAAUAAUGGUGUUUAACAUGAUUUUUGAAGACUACCCCAUCUCUGUACCCUAAACAUACAAUUAUCUGGAAGGUCCCUCGGUCGAGCAGGGAAUUUCAAGCACAGAUUCAACGACAAAGACCAGGGAGGUUUUCCAAAAAUAUUCUAAAACAUGCAUCCUGUUUGGCACUAAAUAAUACUGCAAAAAAUGUGGCAAAGAAAUGUAAUUUUUGUCCUGAAUACAAAGUAUUAUGUUUGGGGCAAAUCUAGCAACACAUCAAUGAGUACCACGCUUCAUAUUUUCAAGCAUGGUUGUGGCUGCAUCAUGUUAUAGGUAUGCUUGUCAUUGGCAAGGACUAAGGAGUUUUUUAGGAUAAAAAGAAAAGGAAUAGAGCUAAGCACAGGCAAAGUCCUAGAGGAAAACCUGGUUCAGUCUGCUUUCCAACACACUGGGAGACAAAUAUACCUUUCAACAGGACAAUAACCUAAAACGCACUGCCAAAUAUACACUGGAGUUACUUACCAAGAUGGCAUUGAAUGUUUCUGAGUGGUAUAGUUACAGUUUUGACUUAAAUCGGUUUGAAAAUCUAUGGCAAGACUUGAAAAUGGCUGUCUAGCAAUGAUCAACAACAAACUUGACAGAGCUUGAAGAAUUUAAAAAAGAAUAAUUGGCAGAUAUUGUACAAUCCAAUUUUGCAAAGCUCUUCGAGAUUUACCCAGAAAGACUCACAGCUGUAAUCUCUGCCAAAAGUGAUAACAUUUGACUCAUGGGGUUGAAAACGUAUCUAAUCAAAUAUAUUUGUUUUAUUUUCCAUUAAUGCUUUUUGUAUUUUUUUAUUUUGACAUCGAAUUUGGUGUAGAUCGUUGACAAAUCCAUUUUAAUCCCACUUUGUAACACAACAAAGUGGAAAAAGUCAAGGGGUGUGAAUACUUUCUUAAGGCACUGUAUGUACAUAUCAAGCUCAAUUACCUCGUAGCCCUGCAACUCGACUCGGUACUGCUACCCUGUGUAUAUAGCCAAGUUAUCAUUACUCAUUGUGCAUUUAUUACUUUUAUUAUGUGUUAUUACUGUUUUUUAUAUUUUUUUUAUAUUUUUUUAUUGGUACUUUUUAGCCCUUUUUCUCCCCAAUUUCGUGAUAUCCAAUUGGUAGUUACAGUCUUGUCCCAUCGCUGCAACUCCCAUACGGACUCGGGAGAGGCGAAGGUCGAGAGCCAUGCGUCCUCCGAAACACAACCCCGCCAAGCCGCACUGCUUCUUGACACACUGCUCACUUAACCCGGAAGCCAGCCGCACCAAUGUGUCAGAGGAAACACCGUACAGCUAGCGACCGACGUCAGCGUGUAUGCGCCCGGGCGCAACAAGGAGUCGCUAGAGUGCGAUGGGACAAGGACAUCCCAGCCGUCAAAACCCUCCCCUAACCCGGACGACGCUGGGCCAAUUGUGCGCCGCCUCAUGGGUCUCCCGGUCGCGGCCGGCUGCGACUCAGCCCGGGAUCGAACCCAGAUCUGUAGUGACGCCUCUAGCACUGAGAUGCUGCGCCACUCGGGAGGCCCGUGUUAUUACUUUUCUAUUACUCUGCAUUGUUGGGAAGGACCCGUAAGCAUUUCACUGUUACUCUACACCUGUUGUUUAUGAAGCAUGUGACGAAUACAAUUUGAUUUGAUCUGUUAUUGAGAAUAAUAUGUCACCUGUAAUUUGAAUAGGAUCGAGAUGUUGUCUUCAACUGAGUUGAGAAGUUGUCUCAACAACAUGCUCUGCUGUGUUUCCAUUGGAACCUGAAACUCUGGAUUUGAUUGGUGCUCAAUGCUGUAUCCUCUUUUUCUGCAGGUGCUGUUGGUGAGUAGUAGUCGUCAUCCAGACAAGUGGAUCGUCCCUGGUGGGGGGAUGGAGCCAGAAGAGGAGCCCAAUGUAGCGGCAGCGCGAGAAGUCUGUGAAGAGGUUAGUUUCUUUCCCUCUCAUUUCGUUGACCUUAGCUUAAUCAUACAAACUACAUUCCCACACUGCUCUCAAUCCCUGCAUUUCAGGGAACCUGUGGUGUUUUUCAUAAUUGAGAUUUGCCGUUGUGACUAGGCUGUGAGGGUCAUACUUUGA